CCAACAUCUACAGCAAUCCCUGCCCAAUUGGGUCGGCCACGACUAAUAGGCAUCUCGAAUCUGAACGAAUAUCACUCCAGUCCGCUCUUUCAUUCCAAGACCAAUCCCUCCUUUUCGUCUCUCUAUCGUUAGUGCCCGCCACGGGGCGAGCUCCAGUCUCCAUAAUCACCCCUCCUACAACACGCAAAGAUGCCCUGAUUGCGACUAUGGACUAUUCGAGGCAUGGCAUCAAAUUCUUCACCCGACCGAGAUGUCAAGCAAGCUGCCACUCCGGCCAAGCAAGCUGCCUGUCUAGAGUGUCGUCGAAGCAAGGUCAAAUGCACACGUGAUCCUGCCGCCACCGUCUGUCGCAAGUGUCAACAGGCCAACUUGCAUUGUGUUACUCCCGAGUACCAUGUCGGCCGGUAUAAGGGCGUUAAGAAUAAACGAAGCGGGCUCGAGAAGGCCAUUUAUCAAGUCGAACAAGCAUUGAAACGAUCCAAAGAUUCUGGCUCAUCCUUGACCCUGGAAAAUCUCGACGUUGAUGCAGACUUGCGACAACUCAUCACUUCUCCUCCACUUGCCACAUCGCAAAUUCGUCGCCAGUCUAGUUCCUUGACUCCCAACGAGAAAGGUCCGCCACCCUUUCCUCAAGCCCGGAGAAGUCUAGUCCCUGGUGAAAGCACUGGCGGGUCUCGCGACUUCUCAACCCAUGACAUGUCUCCGCCCGAUGCUCCAACGGAGAAGCCUGAGGAGCUCGCGUUAAAUCAUGCCGACAACCCCCUCCAGCUUCUCGCGAUGGCCUCAAUUCUCCCUGCCCAGUCCCCGUCGACAACAAUGUCCACCUCGCCUGCAGGAGCCGUGCCUCAGCCAACUGCUUCUGAUGUCAAUGGAGCAGAAGCAGAAUUGACCCAGUUUUUUGGUUCCCUGCAGCCAACCUUCGACAAUUCUCCUGAAUUGGAUCCAAUUGAGAUGGGCCUGGUCACAACCGAAGAAGCUGAAUCGCUCUUUGCGUAUUUCCACGAACGAUUGGCACAUACACGGUGGGGUCUUGACCCUACCCUUCACACCGCUGCUUUUGUCCGCGGCAGGUCAGCUUUUUUGUUUACCUCGAUUUUGGCAGCUGCCGCUCUAUUCCUACCAAAGGCCGAAGCACUAUCCAAGAGAUUGUCCAAUCAUCGCAAUGAUCUGGCUCGAAAGGUUCUUGCAAAUCGUAAUCGCUCUGUCGAGAUUGUCUUGGCCUUCAUGGUCAACGUCCCUUGGAUGAAACCAGCAAGGCAUUGGGCAGACGAUGAAACCUGCGCGUAUUUGUCAAUGGCAUUGACCAUUGCGCUGGAUCUCCAGCUCAACAAAAUUGUUGUCCCAUCUCCAACCAUCCGCCCGCCAGGUUUUCUAGACAAGAUUGCCAAAGCAGAAUGCAUCGAUGCUGCCAAGGCUCUACAACUAGACGGCUUUCCCAACGUAGACCCCACCUCUGCAUGGGGUCGCAGAUUGUUACGGUUGCGCGAGAGGAUUUGGCUUGCUUUAUUUGUUCUUGAUCGAGGAAUUUGUUUAGCUCGUGGCAGACCGUAUGCUGUCCCGAUCGGUCCAUUGGUAGAGAGCUGUGACACAUGGCACAUCUCUGAUAUUGCAGACCGAUGGGAUGGCAGUAUCAUCUCUGCAGCGGUGCUGCGAAGAGACCUGGUCGGCUUGAUAUCCGGGGUCCGCGAAUUCUGUGACGGUAGCCAAGGAGUCAAUGGGGGCUCGCCCGCCGUCCGUUUUCUCAAGGACAAGAUUGAUCGAUUUUUCGAGCAAUGGUAUGCUGUGUGGUCCUUACAAAUCACUCAAGGAGACGGACAACUUCCGCCUUAUGUCGAGAUCCUGGUGUCUCACACCAAACUUUCAUGUUAUUGCAGCGUUGUCAACCACCCUACAGCUUCUACAGAUGUCAAACAAUUCUUCCGCGCUGCAGGGCUGGCUUCGGCUAUGAAUGUGAUGCGCGCUGCUGUUCAAGGGGAAGGACGGUUGAAGUCGAUGCCUAACAAUACGGUCAUCAUGGUAUCCUUCGCUGCCUGUUUUGCUCUUGCACUCGGAACCUCUGAACUCGGCAAUCGGGCGAUUUUUGCACCAAACGCGCGUACUUUGAUCGAAGAAGUCAUUGCUGUUCUGGAACGCAUUGGAAGCACUCCGAAGCACCGUGAUGGACUCUCGGUUCUAUUUGCCAGACACAUUCGGAGAAUCUUCCAAAGUUCUAUGCUCAAUCCACAGGAAGACGCCCAAACCCCGGCGCCGAAUCUGACGAAUCCUUCUCAGCCGGUGCAGGAUCUUAGCUACGCCUCGCCACGCCCUACCGCCAUCCCUGCCCCAGCAGCUUCGAACGAGCCUUACGUCUUUGACAUGACGGAUGAACAGAUUCUCGAGGCCAUCAACAAUGCUAGUGCAUCUCAAGAAUUGUUUCAACUCGAUGAAACAAUGUUUGUCGAUUGGCUCGACUGGCCAAAUGUGGCCUGAAAAUGGAAAGUCUUAUUAUCCUUGUCCACUUAGUCAAUGGUAAUCGUACGUCCCGACCACGGGAAUUUAUCGACUAUGCGCCAAGACUAUCUUUCGAAUGGCUCUUUCUGUUAGUCGCGGGAUCAGAGUUUCUGAGGAGAUAUGACGCCUGUGGCACUCCUGGUCUCUCUGGCGUCUUGUGACAUGUUGACAAGCUUCUGCAGCUGCUCAAUGAAGACAAAGGUCAAUACGGUGUUAGGCCUGCAGAGAGUUAAAACCACGAGCAAACGACCAAGAUUAGUCCUUGCAGACUUACGCAAGUCUAAGCCAGGCAGGAGUCCAGCCUCUCAUCAAGAACCGUGGGCCUUCGGUGCGAAGGGACUCGGUAACGAUAUUGACGACGCUCUGCAAAGUCUGGUCAGCCGUUCAUCAAGUUGGCGAGUUCUGGAGGUUGUGCCAGCAUACCGGUCUUACUCCGUCCACUGCCACUGCGUUUUGUACUCGACUCUUUAACACGUCGGCUGGGGCGCAGGCGGUAGUGGCCACUGUUCCUGCUAAAAGGGAAGCAAGGAAGUGAACUGGCAUACCGUCUUCCAAAUCAAAGGUGGACAAGAGUUGUCGUUUGGCUGCGGAAUAGCUUUGGCAUGUUCAGUCACACUGUGCAUCGACAGAGGUUCUCAAGAAACGAGCUUACGUGGCAAUCUGCGACACAUCUAUUCUCCGUCAGAAAACGUGAUUAAGCGACGAAUCAGUGAACAUAAGCGGGCCCGAUUUACUCGGCUGAUGAAAGCCACGAGGUCUUAGAGAGACGGGUUUGAACUCACUCAUAAUGACACUGCGAACGAUAUUGGGCGCCAGUCCUCGGCUAAAGGUCGCAACGCCCUCUUCACGGCUGAUCCUCAGAAGGGCAUCAAACGCAUGUUUAUAAGCAAAUCUCUGACCAGGAGCUUUAGCUCCAUCGGCACACAUUCUCACCAGGGCCACCUGUCGAUGUUGUCAGUCUGUUGCUCGUCUCUGAUAAUGCGGUAUAGACGGACCUCAGUGGGGUUUCCGACGACACCAGCCAUCCCUCCUGCCAGUGCUGCGCACGCGAUUUCCCAAGAGCUUGACAGACGCUGUUGUCCUGUCCGCUGUCGGGCAGCCUUGGCGAAGUAGUUAUAAAGCCCGAACCGAGCAGUUGAGUAAGUUGAUUGUCGCAGCAUUGAUGCGCUGAUGCCCCACCAUAAAGAGCGGAUGCCUAAGAGAAGUGGUCAGCUUUCUUGGAGAUUGGGAUGGAUAAUCGCAGAACCAACCGUCUCGACUGGCAAAAGUCAACAAUGUCCGGAGCAUGUUUGGAGGCUUUUGCAUGACCUGCAUGCGACUAUGACGGGUCAGCAGCUGUGUUGAUCUUGGCGUGAGGAUGUUUUACUAUUUGGUCUGAUCAAUCGGAUGGGCUGGUGACGGAACAAGUCAGCUUCGAUUUCAUCGAGUUGUCGUGUCACAUACUGAAGCAUGCUGCCAUUGAAGCUGCGGCACCGCUGUUGAUCGUCAAUAACAUUGUCCUCAGUUGAGGUCAUUUGUACCUCUCACCCAAGCCAGAAAGGCUGACUUUGCUUCUUGGUGGCGACCAUAUCGAACCUCCCAAUCUCAGGUUAUGCCAAGCCAGACGGUUGAUCCGUGUAUACUAUGGCAGAGAAUAUGUGAGAUGUAGGUUUAAUCACUGUAUACGAUAGCCUUUGGAGAUGUCGGCAACUCCACCAGAACAAGACUUUGACUUGAUGAAUUGAGGAACCAAGGAGGAUUGCUGUUGUUGUAUGGCAUACGUGGGCAGUUCAAUUGCUCCCUAUGAACUGUGUUCUACCUGUUGCAAUAUGAUGCCCCGAGCGAUACUACCAAUGUUUGGCUCAUAGAUUGGAUUCACACGACUAUGGGGGAAUGAAGUCGAGAGACCCAAGGUACGGUAUGAGAUACUGACGGCGACAAAUCUAUGACCGAAGAUGGGGAUUAGGCACGUGCAAAUGUGAGUUUUUUGUCUGACGAAGAAAAUAUGGAAUGUGACGCGUUGG